AUGAAUGAAAUACAAGGGCGUCGACUUGCGAUCCUGACGUCAGGAGGCGACUGUUCAGGCAUGAACUCGGCUAUAUGCGCAGUUAUUAAGAUGGCUUUGUAUAAAGGACUCGAGGCAUUUGUCAUUCGUGAAGGUUUUGCAGGUCUACUGAAAGGUAAUCGCAAUCAGGACAUUCUCGCCGCCGAGGAAGCGAACUUGGGGCAAAAUGCAUUAUCGUAUGGAUGUGGUGACUUUUUUCGUUUAGGAGAUCUGGGUGGCGGCGAUUCUAAGUUCCACGACCAAUACAUUAUCAGGGUUGGCUGGGACGAUGUUCGUGGUUGGGAGAACCAAGGUGGAACGCUGAUUGGAUCCGCACGAUGCAAAGAAUUUAUGAGUCAGGAGGGACGACUGCAGGGAGCUUUCAAUCUCAUUAGCAACGGCAUCGACUCAUUAGUCGUUUGUGGCGGCGAUGGAAGUUUGACGGGGGCCGAUAUUUUCCGUAAUGAGUGGCCGUCUUUGGUCGAGUCACUGUUAAAACAAGAUCGAAUCACGAAUGAGCAGGCUACCAAAUUUCAAUAUUUACACAUUGCUGGUCUCGUUGCUUCCAUUGAUAAUGAUUUGACUUGCACAGACUUGACGAUUGGCUCAUCUACAGCAUUGCUGCGUAUUUCCGAGUCUCUUGACUCGAUUUCCAGCACGGCAUCGUCACACAGUCGUGCCUUUGUGAUCGAAGUCAUGGGUCGACACUGUGGGUGGCUUGCAUUGAUGGCCGCCACUGCAUGUGGUGCAGACUAUGUCUAUGUGCCCGAGAGACCUCCUCCUGAGGAUUGGCGCCAACACCUUCGUGAUUCGCUUCUUGCCAUCCGUGAGAAAGGUAAACGCAAGUCGAUUGUUAUUAUUGCUGAGGGCGCUAUAGACGUACAUUUGCAACCCAUCAAGCCCAGUAUGGUGGCAGAAGUGCUAUCUCAGGAUUUGCAUUUGGACACGCGAGUGACGACGCUUGGACAUACACAGCGUGGUGGACGGCCAGAUGCCAAUGAUCGUAUUUUGGCAACUCUGCAAGGCAUUGAUGCUUUAAGGGCAUUGUUGGAAGAUGAACCGGGUAAACCAUCCUAUAUUAUCGGUAUUCGUAAGGGUCGCAUCAAGCGCCUUCUCUUGCGUGAGUCGAUCCAAUCUAAUGGUCUUUUGGCGAAGGCUAUCUCGGACCAACGUUUUGAGGAGGCAUUAAGUCACAGGGGCUCCGAUUUUCGUGCAGGUCUCGAUACAUUUACGUACAAUGCCGCUGCUGUACCUUCGAUGCAUGAGCCAUCAAAUACCUUUCGUAUGGGUAUCAUGCAUGUCGGUGCGCCUGCUGGCGGGAUGAACACGGCGACACGUACGGCUGUGCGCUUCUGUCUUCGACGUGGUCAUACACCUCUUCUGAUCAACAAUGGCUUUGUUGGAUUGCUUAAGGAUCUGGUGUUUAAGGCAACAUGGCUCCGCGUUGAUUCAUGGGCAUCGUCUGGUGGAUCUGAGCUCGGUGUGAACCGUGUUUUACCUAAUGUGGAUUUGCAUGGUGUGGCGAAGCAAUUGCAAAAGCACAACAUCCAGGGUCUUUUGAUUAUUGGAGGUUUUGAGGCAUUCACUUCGAUCAAGAUACUGAGUGAAGCCCGCCCUGAAUUUCCCGCGCUCCGUAUUCCUUUGAUUGGCUUGCCCGCGACCUUAUCGAACAAUGUGCCUAUGAACGAGUACUCGCUUGGCACAUAUACAUCUCUCGACGUAUUGGCACACACUUGCGACAUGAUCAUCCAGUCAGCAUCGGCAUCCCGAAACCGAGUGUUUGUUGUCGAGGUACAGGGUGGUCAAUGUGGUUUUGUCGCUGUCAUGGGUGCCUUGGCAACGUCUGCCUCGAUUGUUUAUACACCAGAAGAGGGAGUGAAUUUACAGCAGCUCAACGAAGACAUUCAAUUCUUGCACAGGCGAUUCAGUCAAGACCCUGAAUUUGCCAACGAUGGACGCCUGGUAAUUUGCAAUGAAAAAGCUUCGUCUGUAUACACCGCUCAGAUGAUCGCACAAAUUUAUGGAGAGGAGGGUCGUGAUGAUUUCGACAGUCGCUACGAAAGCCUUAGUCAUGUGCUACAAGGAGGCAUACCAUCGCCACUGGAUCGCGUUCAGGCUUCUCGGCUCGCUGUGAGGUGUUGCGAGUUUUUGGAGCAGCACGCAGGUUCUUCCUGUGCAUGGGACCCGCCCUCAGCCAUGAUCGCGGUCCGACAAGCAGAAACAAUCAUCACACCGGUCGCACAAAUGGUGGACCAUGCAGACUUUGCCAAUCGGCGAGGCACAGAUUUCUGGUGGAACCAAUGCAAAGAAUACGUGGAGAUCAUCAGUGGUCGCAAGUUCUUAUGA